UCAAUCAAUUCAAUCAUAUAUAUCCAGAGAAACUGAUAAAAAGAGAAACGAGAAAGAGCGUGGCCGUUUUAACGGCCACCUCCACCUCAUCAAUCUUCUUCUACCCUAACAGAAAAUUCGUUCCACUCAUUCCCCCACAAUUUUUUUUUUUUUAAAUUUCAUCUUUCUCGAGAAAAUAAAAGGAAAAUUCUAGAAAAUUUUAUUAGCCUGCAUCUACGUUUUGCUGGCUGUCAGGUAAUUUUAUUUGAAUUUCUUCAUAAUUCACAUUUCCCUUUCUCCCGAGCUUACCAUUUGCUUCCCAUUUUUUAGGAAAGGUUUUGAAUUAUAUAUAGAUGCAGCAUAAUAUAUUCACUUCAAUGCGUAGCUUGAAGUUCAUAGAAGGGUGUAAAACCACACAGAUAUAUGCCCUUAAUCCCGAUGGCCACACCGCCGCGGGUGGCGGCUGCGGUGGUGUGGGGGAAAAGUUUCUGCAACAGCUUCAAGACUUCAGAAUUAACUCGGCUCGUCCAAAACCGAGUCGAACUUUUCAAUCAUCGCCUAAUCAAAUUACAAAUAAUGUCUCAGCUGAAAAUCUACUUCCUUCCGGUCUCCCCGACGUCGAUUUCCUCGAACCGCAGAUCGACCCUUGUCUUAGGUAUGUUGAUUUUGUGCAAACUCUAGCGGAUUUAUAUCGUAAAAUUGAGAAUUGUCCCCAAUUCGAGAAACACGCGGUGUACUUAGAGCAAUCCGCGAUAUUCAGGAGUUUAUCGGAUCCAAAAAUGUUUCGGCGGAGCCUCCGUGCAGCCAGACAGCACGCCGUCGACGUGCACUCGAAAAUUGUGCUGGCCUCGUGGUUAAGGUUUGAGAGGAGACAAGAUGAACUAGUUGGUACAUCCGCCAUGGAUUGUUGCGGAAGAAAUCUAGAAUGCCCUAGGGCUUGUUUGGUGUCCGGUUACGAUCCUGAAUCGGUAAAUGAUUCUUGUAUGUGUUCGAGGUCUCCUAGAGUGGAAUGCGAUGAUGAUACUUCAACUGGAGAGCAGGAAUGUUCAACUUCCGAUGAAGAUGGUGAUAUGUCGUUUUGCAUUGGUGAUGAUGAGAUUAGAUGUGUGCGUUACAAUAUUGCUUUGCUUUCGAGACCAUUUAGAGCAUUGUUGUAUGGUGGUUUCACGGAGUCAUGGAGGGAGAAGAUAAAUUUCUCUAAUAAUGGGAUAUCGGCAGAAGGGAUGAGAGCAGCGGAGAUUUUUAGCAGGACGAAAAGAUUAGGUUCUUUCGAUCUGCCCAUCGUAUUAGAGCUUCUUUCUUUGACUAACAGGUUUUUUUGUGAGGAAAUGAAGUCUGCUUGUGAUGCUCAUUUGGCAUCUUUGGUUUCUGACAUGGAGGAGGCGUUGGUUUUAAUUGAGUAUGGAUUGGAAGAGACUGCAUAUCUGUUAGUAGCUGCUUGUUUACAGGUGUUUUUGAGAGAGCUUCCAAAUUCAAUGUACAAUUCAAAUGUGAUGAGAUUGUUUUGUAGUUCACAGGGUAGGGAGAAAUUGGCUCUGGUUGGACAUGCUUCAUUUUUGUUGUAUUACUUCUUGAGUCAGAUUGCUUUGGAGGAAGACAUGAAAUCCAAUGCAGCGGUGAUGCUUUUGGAGAGGUUGGCAGAGUGUGCAACUGAAGUUUGGCAGAAACAACUUGCUUAUCACCAAUUAGGUGUUGUGAUGCUUGAAAGGAAAGAAUAUAAAGACGCCCAGAAUUGGUUUGUAGCGGCAGUUGAGGUAGGUCAUGUUUAUUCAUCAGUUGGUAUUGCAAGGGCCAGGUGCAAACGUGGUCACAAGUAUUCAGCGUACAAGAUGAUGAAUUCACUGGUUUCUGAUUAUAAACCAGCUGGGUGGAUGUAUCAGGAAAGGUCUUUAUAUUGUGUUGGGAAGGAGAAGAUGAUGGAUUUGAACACAGCAAGUGAAUUGGAUCCAACUCUUUCUUUUCCAUACAAGUACAGGGCUGUUUUGUUGGUGCAGGAGAACAGACUUGGAGCAGCAAUCUCAGAGCUCAACAAAAUAAUUGGUUUCAAGGUCUCUCCUGAUUGCCUUGAAUUAAGAGCUUGGAUUUCAAUUGUUUUGGAGGACUAUGAAGGAGCUCUCAGAGAUAUCUGGGCAUUAUUGACUUUAGACCCAAAUUAUAUUAUGUUUCAUGGGAAAAUGCAUGGGAAUCACUUGGUAGAACUUCUUCAUCCUUUAGUCCAGCAGUGGAGUCAGGCUGAUUGCUGGAUGCAUCUUUAUGAUAGAUGGUCCUCUGUUGAUGAUAUAGGCUCCUUGGCUGUUGUACACCAUAUGCUGGCAAAUGACCCUGGGAAGAGCCUUCUAUGUUUUCGGCAAUCCCUUCUGCUUUUACGGUUAAAUUGCCAAAAGGCUGCGAUGCGUUGUCUACGGUUGGCUAGAAAUUGUGCUACUUCUAAGCAUGAAAGGCUUGUCUAUGAAGGAUGGAUUUUGUAUGACACUGGCCAUCGAGAGGAAGCCCUUGCUAAGGCUGAGGAGUCCGUUUCAAUUCAGAGAUCAUUUGAGGCUUUUUUCCUUAAGGCAUAUGCUUUAGCAGAUUCAAGUCUUGAUUCUAAGUCAUCAAUGUAUGUUAUUGAACUUCUGGAGGAAGCUCUUAGAUGCCCUUCAGAUGGCCUCAGGAAAGGACAAGCACUGAAUAAUCUAGGGAGUGUCUAUGUUGAUUGUGGUAAACUGGAUCUUGCUGCUGACUGUUACAUGAAUGCACUCAAUAUCAAGCAUACAAGAGCACAUCAAGGUCUGGCACGAGUAUAUCAUCUGAAAAAUCAACGCAAAGCUGCAUAUGAUGAGAUGACAAAACUAAUAGAAAAAGCCAGGAAUAAUGCAUCUGCGUAUGAGAAGCGUUCUGAGUACUGUGAUCGUGACAUGGCAAAGAGCGACCUUAGUAUGGCAACUCAACUUGAUCCCUUGAGGACCUAUACUUACAGAUACAGGGCAGCUGUUUUAAUGGAUGACCACAGAGAAGCUGAGGCCAUAGCAGAGCUGUCGAAGGCUAUAGUUUUCAAGCCAGAUCUGCAGCUGCUACAUCUUCGUGCUGCAUUUUAUGACUCUAUGGGUGAUAAUAUCUCCGCCCUUCAAGAUUGUGAAGCUGCCCUUUGUCUUGAUUCAGGCCAUGGUGAGACUAUUGAGCUCUAUAAUAGAGCACGGAAGCAGGCUGAUGAACAACAAAAACGAGAAUUUGAAAACAAGAUUGGCAUCGUAUCUUCAUUAUCUGGGCAAUAAUAUAUUUGCCACAUCUUUGUUUUAUUUCUUUCCUCUGAGUACAACAAAGGCCAGGGUUUGUAUGGGCAUAGAAUCUUUAUGGAUUCUCUAUCUAGGAACGUUGAGAUGCAGAUGUGCCAGGGCAUUCCAUAGAAAAGGAACGGGGAAUUUGGAUUAAAAAAAAAAAAGUAAAGAGGAAAAGUAGAGAGUGAGAUAGCGUGUAAAUAUAUAUCUGUGCUCUAUUAUGUUGUGGGAUCAACGUAUGACAUAAGUGCUGCAGACUGCUUCUGCUAUUCCCCAACAUUUCACUUCAGUAAAGAUUGUAAUUUUGCAACGGAAGAGCCAGAGUCAAUAGAAACAUGUACAUGAAAUGGCAGCUAGUGAUGAAGUCUGUCCCCUUUAGAGGUUCGCAGAUUUUUUUUUGUUUUCAUUUUUAUCUAAUUUAUGCGAAGGGGUUUACAAUGUAUUGUAACUUCUCUGAUACUGUUCAUUGUAUUGAUUUAUGAGCUUCACAAAUUUCCUGCAUAGCAAUUACUCUUGGAAAAGACUUAAUUUACACAGCUCUUUAUUUCUCAUUUAUUCAACGCUACUUUUACGUCA